AUGGCUCCCAACCUGAUUCUCAAGCAUCUUGUGUCUCUGGUUGCGCUGAAACACCUUCAGAUAAACGUUUUCACCGACACUCAGGCCAUUCUCCUCCUCGGGUCCCUGUCUUCACUUAUCACUUUAUCGUUGGAACUCAGCUUCGGGAGCGUGUGGACGGACGAUGCAGACCCUCGGCUCGUUGCACCCGUGGAGCUGCGACGUCUUCGCGAUCUCACUCUUGUAUGCUCCACGAUGUCAUGGCACACAAUCCAGGAGAUGGCGACACGGCUCAAGAUGCCCGCGCUCGAAUCCCUCUCUCUCCACACGGCCAUAUCAUAUUUCGUCGGCUCCCUGCCCGCCCUCAGUGCGCUCAUCCACAAUCGGCCCCACCUCUGCUCCUUACACAUCACGAUCAAUAAAGACAACUAUUCCUUCUUGUAUGUCCCAGUGCGACUCUCAGAGAUUCUGAAGACACUCUUUCCCCUACACACGCUUGACGACCUGAAGGUCGUCAUCGAUCCGCGCCGACCGCGCGUCCCGCUGUCCUCCGAAGACCUCCGGGAAGCUGCGGCUGCGUGGCCCCAUCUCAGGCGCCUCGAGUUGUACACGAUCGUCCACAAGUUGGUGGACUCAGAGGUGCCGCCGGAGAACGCAGGCGUCGGGAUCGACAUCCUGGCGCACUUCGCGCGGAGCUGCCCGAGGCUCGAGGUGCUCACUUUGUACCCGUCGGUGCUGGAUGUCGGAAGUCUUGCGAACGCGGAGAGCGUGGAGUCGGACGACGCAGAGCAGGAGGGGUGCAUGGCGCAGGACACGCUGCGAGAGCUGAAGCUGGGAGGCUUUAUAAUAGUGCGAGACCCAGAGGCCGACGCGCUGCUGAAGAACGUGCGGCGGUACGCUUCGAAGCUCUUUCCUUCAGCACACGUUGAUCUCAAGUGCACAGUCGAGGACGAUCGACUGCGGGAAGCAUUUCCAUAG